CGCAUGCGCAAGAGGAAGGGAGGGAGGCGUUUCUUUCGGAGGACCGUUGGGCGGCUAAGAGGGAAAGAAGGAAAGAAAGAAGGAAGGAAGGAAGGAGGGCGGCUGAGGCUGAGGCCCGGGGCGGAGGGAGACACUCAGGACGGAGAGAGAGAGAGGAGCCGAGACAUCACAGCGCUACUUCCCCCCACCCCGUUGCCAUGGCUGACCAGCUGACGGAGGAACAGAUUGCAGAGUUCAAAGAGGCCUUUUCCCUCUUUGACAAGGACGGCGAUGGCACCAUCACCACCAAGGAGCUUGGCACAGUGAUGCGCUCUCUGGGCCAGAAUCCCACAGAAGCUGAAUUGCAAGACAUGAUCAACGAAGUGGAUGCAGAUGGAAAUGGCACCAUUGAUUUCCCUGAAUUUCUCACCAUGAUGGCCCGAAAGAUGAAGGACACGGACAGCGAGGAAGAAAUCCGUGAGGCCUUUCGUGUCUUUGACAAGGAUGGCAAUGGCUACAUUAGUGCUGCAGAGCUACGUCACGUCAUGACUAACCUGGGCGAGAAGCUAACGGACGAAGAAGUGGAUGAAAUGAUCCGAGAAGCUGACAUAGAUGGAGACGGACAGGUCAAUUAUGAAGAAUUUGUACAGAUGAUGACUGCCAAAUAAAGGCAAGCAGCUUUGCGCCUCCCCUUCCCUGUACAGAAUGGAAGGAGGGUCUGCUAACCACAGGGAUCUUAAUCCAGCCCCGUCUAUGUAGGACUUGUUCCAUUGAUGCUUUAGCAGUUUGUGGCCAUUCUCUGCUGUCUGUCUUCCACCUUCCCCUCUUCUUGGUUUUCAUGCUAGAGCCCCGUUGGUGGCUGAAGCCAGGAUGGUAAGAACCUGUUUUUAAAGUCCUGGUGAGGACUUUGAAAGGGUGAAAGUAAGGCUAAAUUCCUAGCAUUGGCCAGCCCUGGGGAUGGGCAGGAGAGGGGAAAGUGUCCUUCCUCCUUGGCUCCAUCCCCACCUUGCAUCUGCUCUGUGUCUCCAAAGACUGUACCCCAGCCAGUGCAUAACCUUUGCAUUCAUGGACUGUUUUGUGUGGCUGCCUUCUUCUGCACUUGUCUUCCUGGGAAUAUCUGCAUAUCUUGGGUAUAUUGUAACUAUUAACCUCCUAACAAUUGCCAUACCCCCCCACCCUUCCUUUUCCCUUUCAGUGGCUUCAGGGAAUGCUUCUCUUCCAUUCCAGGUGGUGUAAGGUUUAAUUUCUUCUUUUGAAUAAAGUGUGUGUUUCAAAAUGA